AUGAGAUAUUUUAAUCAAUACAGCUUUUUGAAUGAUCGCAAGGAUGACCGCAAGGAUGACCGCAAGGAUGACCGCAAGGAUGACCGCAAGGAUGACCGCAAGGAUGACCGCAAGGAUGAUCGUAAGGAUGAUCGCAUGGAUAGCAAGGAUGAUCGCAAGGAUGACAGCAAGGAUGAUCGCAAGGAUGAUCGCAAGGAUGACCGCAAGGAUGAUAGCAAGGAUGACAGCAAGGAUGAUCGCAAGGAUAGCAAGGAUGAUCGCAUGGAUAGCAAUGAUGAUCGCAGUGAUAGAAAGGGUGAUGAACGACCAAGACGUUUUGAAGACAAAGAUUUGAGCUUGUUUGAACGAUACCAAGAAUGGGUAACGAAGAAAGUGAGAGAGACAUUCGAUGUUCCAGCUGACUUUAUCUGGUUUCGCCCAGUCAGUCUUCUUCGCACAACAGACAAGCAAGGAAGAGAAACAUAUUACUAUAAAUUUCCCAUUCCAAAGGGUUUAUUUGCCAAUGUUCGUGUAGUAUUAGUUAAGUCGAAAAUACCGGAAGAAUUGAAAAAGGCUGUAACAGUUUAUUCAAAAUCACUCGGUAAAUAUGAUCUCCCUCGUUACUUCUAA